AUGUAUGUGACAAGGCCUCUUUCAAUCUACACAAAAUCUACUGAAGCUGCCCUUGCGCCACCGCCGGAGGGUCUAAAUUCCGGUUAUUUGGUGUUCGCCGAUGAAGAAUAUGAGACGGAGACGACGCGUUUCUUUGGGCUGUGUAAAGAUAAUAAGAUCAGAAACCUACCUUUCCCUCAGAACAAGAUCCUGACCGUUCGCUACACCCAGCACCAUAUGCGGAUUCAAAACCAUCACCACCACCAUCUCAGCAGCAGCACGGUCUACAGUGAUAAGGCCUACUUCAUCCCAGUUCUUGAUCAGCCAUUGUCUUCCAAUCGAUACUACAUUAUUCAUGAAUCUGGGAAUUACAAAGGGAAUGCAUGCAGAUGUUCAAGGGAGGAGGACAUGGUCACAUGUUGUUUUUGCAAGUGCAUCAAUGAUGUGAAGCCAAGAGCCCUAGACCACAGGGAUAUGUAUCAACAGGUAGAGAUCAUUCGCCAACGUGGUGGUUGCUUCGUUGCCAAAUCCAUAGCACCAGACGGGUUCCCUCCGUUGUUCUUGAGAAGAAAAGGGUGGGAGGUAUACACAAAAACUCCCCACGAUUUCCAACUAGGUGAGGCUCACGGCAUUGAUCUCUCUUUACGCGCCCAUCUGCCAGCAUUCGACUUCCCAAUCUCUAACAAGCAUUCGAGGAGUGUUGUAGUAGGAAAGUGGUACAUCCCUUUCAUGUUCAUUAAGGAAGAUGGUACUAGCUCAAAAGAUCAAAUGAAAAAGUCCAUGUUUUAUGAGAUGUAUCUCGAACAGAUGUGGGAUGAGAUCCACAUGUGUGAGAACCAUGGCACUGAACAGAAUGCUGUGGUAGUGAAAACAACUGUGCGAAGGGAGACUGCGACGAUCUUAGGUAUGGAAGCCGUUGCAUGUGUGGUUGAUAGGGUGAUGUGGUUAAGUGGUCCACCUAAUAGCAUGGGUGUGGGAUUGAGUAUGGCAAUUGUAGAUAGAAUGAAAUGGGAAGCUUGUAGAGGAGGUUGGAUUGAUGGGAAAGAGAGAGAUUUGAAGGUGGAGAGGGUGGAGGAGUUUGGAGGAGUGAAUGGAUGGAAGAAGUUUGGUUGUUAUAUGUUAGUGGAGAGGUUUGUUUUGAGAAGGAUGGAUGAGAGUUUGGUUCUAACUUAUGAUUUUAAUCACACUCAUCUGAUUCAAUCCAAGUGGGAAUAGUUUGGUUAUGUAUAUAUGUUUCAUAUUUACUUUUAGGACUCAAUUCCAUGAGUGUGAACUAGCAUCUGUUAAUGUUGUGUAAAUUUUAUAUAAAUGAUUGUAAUUGAUGGAUAA